AUGAACAUUGCAAGCGCCCUGACAGGAGGGUUUGCCACAGAUAUUCAUGUCACUCAGUCCACGAUUAACUUGGGUAAUCAGCUUAUGUUCAUGAGUAUCGUCGUGUUUGAGAUUCCAUGCAAUAUGGCUCUCCAGCGCGUUGGCCCACGGAAAUGGAUAUCUGCUCAGGUAUUUGCAUUCGGCUUCAUCGCCAUAAUGCAAGUAUUUAUCAAGAACCGAGGAGGAUUCCUUGCUACUCGCCUUCUUCUCGGAUUUGCUGAAGCCGGCUAUAUUCCCGGAGCAUGUUAUACCUUAUCGACCUGGUACAACAGGCGAGAGCUCGCGAAAAGAGUCGCCAUAUUCUUCUUCGGCAUGUUUGGGGGUAAUGCAAUCAGCCCUCUACUAGCUUCAGGAAUUUUGCUGCUGGAUGGCCACCGGGGCCUCCGAGGAUGGCAAUGGCUCUUUCUACUGGAGGGUCUUUUUACAAUCUGUGUUUCUAUAGUCCUCUUGGUUUUCCUUCCAGGGUCGCCCUCUCACCCAAAGCCUCUACUGAGCUCGGGAUUAGUCAAAUUCUCAGAGUCUGAAUCAAAGAUAUUGCUAAAGCGUCUUGAAAAAGAUGGCGAAGAGGAUCGAAGCGGACAGGGUCUCAAAAAGAUCCCUCUCUCGGUUGUGUGGAGCACAGUAUCUCACUACCGCCGGUGGCCACAUUUUGUCUCGACUUUCGUUGUCUUCUCAACUUGGAGUCCUUUGACUACAUAUACGCCAUCAAUCAUCAUGUCGUUGGGCUUUGACAGAACAAGGGCAAAUGCUUUGGCUGCAGUGGGCGCAUUUCUUGCCCUUGCCGUCGUUUUCACGUUUGCGUUUAUAAGCGACCGCACCAAUCAGCGAGGUGCUUCUGUGAUUGCAGCUCAGACAAGCUAUUUAAUUACCUUGAUCGUUGCUCGCUCACUUCAGCCUCAUGUAGGCAAGUGGUCGCGAUGGGGUUUGUGGACGGCUGUUAAUAGCUUCGCCGUUGGCUACCAUCCCGUUCACAAUUCGUGGGUUCAACUUAACUGCAACGACCCCAGAGAGAGGAGCAUUAGCAUCGCCAUGUGGGUCAUGUCUGCUAUUAGUGGCCUUAUGGCUGGAGCACAAUACUUUCAAGCAGAUGAUAAGCCGCUCGCCAUGGCUGAUAUCGAGGCUGACAUAGCCAAAAAUGGCUCCGAGGAGCGCGUUACCACUCUGUCGACCCAGAAGCCGCAAUGGUACCGCAGCACGCUAUUCAACGCUUUCAUUAUUGGAGGAGUUGGCUUUCUAGCUCCAGGCCUUUGGAAUGCCAUGAAUUCUCUAGGCGCCGGCGGAGCUGAAUCACCAUACCUCAUUAAUGCGGCUAAUAGUUUAGUGUUUGGAUUAAUGGGUUUCUUCUGUUUGUUUGGAGGGCCAAUCGCGAAUACAAUCGGACUCUCAUACACGCUUUUACUCGGCGCCAUCGGCUACCCUAUUUACUCGGCUGGACUUUAUACUAACAACCGUUUUGGAAAUGAAUGGUUUGUCCUCGUGGGAGCCGUUGCUUGUGGUAUAUCUGCCGGUCUCUUUUGGGCGAGCGAGGGAGCCAUCGCUCUUGGAUACCCAGAGCCUACCAAGCGUGCCAGAUAUUUGAAUAUCUGGGUAUGGUUUAGAACACUUGGUCCAAUUGUUGGCGGCGCAAUUGUUCUGGGUCUGAAUGUAAAGUCCUCACAAAAAGGAAGUGUCGGCUAUGUUACCUACCUUAUCUUCAUCGUCCUGCAGUGCCUCGCGGCUCCCCUUGCCCUGGCUCUGUCGCCACCGGAGAAGGUCCAGAGAAGUGAUGGGUCGCGAGUUAUCGUCAUGGGAGAAAAGUCGUUGAUUGCUGAGUUUAAGGCUCUGUAUAACACCUCCAAAAAGCGCAAUGUCCUUCUCCUCCUCCCCAUAUUCUGGGCUGCCUACUUCAACCAGUACUCCGGCAACUUUCAAGCCUAUUAUUUUAGUUUGAGAGGAAGGGCGCUCAUAGGGUUUGUCAGCAACUUCGCGACGCUCUUUUCUUCACAGAUUCUCAGUCUGUGGCUUGACUGGACUCGUUUUCCCGUUAAAAAGCGAUUGGAAUAUGGGUAUUAUUAUGUCGUUGCUACACAUAUUCUCUCGUGGGUCUAUGGCUGGGUAGUAUCGGAACAAUUCACGUCCAAUCCCCCCCUGUUAGAUUGGAGUACCCCUGGCUAUGUCAAAGGCUUCUUUGUUCUCUUCCUGUGGAGCUUUUCACAGCAGGCGGCCCAGAGCUGGCUAUACUAUCUUGUAGCUACCAUGACAGAUAACGUGUCGGAGCUAACUCGUUUGACGGGCAUUUUGCGUGGCCAGGAGAGCUUUGCCCAGGCUGUGUCGUAUGGUCUCAAUACAAGGAACUGGUACGGUGGACGGGUACCGCUGGCUGUAAACACUAUUCUUCUUGGAUUGGCGGUCGUUCCCACUUAUCUUGUCGUUCGUAGUCACAAUCCUGACGAAACUGAUGCGGAUCGAGUGGCCAAGUCGCCACAAGCAAGCGAUGAACUAUUGGAAACAGAGAAACAAUAG